AUCAGGACUUGGUCAAUAAGUGGACGUGAACAUCUAUUACUUUUUUUUGGCAUGUUUCCACUGAGACAAACCCCCACAUUAACCUCCCCUUAUUACCAAUCCAAAAUGAAUUGUACCAGAUCUCACCCAAUAUUUGCAGCCCAUGCGUGUGUGUGAUGGGUUUGAGUUGUGUUUGCGGGACAAGCGGGGGUGCUGUCCCCCCUCAUGCUGUUCUGUACUGGGAGAAUCAGGCAGGCAAGGAAGGGCUGAGGUGAUUCAUACGUGAGUCAACAGCUAUCAGCUAUAUAAGCCUGACCACUCAUGGACCCUGGGCAUGACACAGUCUUCACAUCUCAAAGAGUAACUUCAACAUAGAAAGUAUGUAUUUUCCUGCUCUCCUCUACACCUGCACCUUGAGCAUGCUCAGUUUGGGUUACAGUAUUCCCAUCCCUUCGGAUAACUUGAAAAACAUGGUCAAACUGCAGGCAGAGACCAUCAACUCCAGAAUCCGGGAACACAACGAGAAGCUCAAAUUCUCUCCCAAGAUCUUUAUCAGCGAUCCUGAUCUUUACCCUGAGGUUCCUGCAGACAGACCCAUCCAAGGUCUGGGAUCCAUUGUGGACACCCUAACCAUCUUCCAGAAAGUUCUUCACAGCCUUCCUAAGGGACACGUAAGCCAGUUGCACAGCGACGUGUCUACCCUUCAGGGUUAUCUGGAGAACAGGAUGUUUUCUAUGCGAUGCCCAGUCAGAAAGACGGCCAAUGAGAAGUCUUUAGAAGCUUUCUUAAAAGACAAUGCCACCCAUCACAUCACCGUUGGCUUCAUGGCUUUAGAUAGACUACAAAAAUUCAUGCAACAGCUUACUGUCAGCCUGGACCAGUUAAAGACCUGUUAGGUACUGCUCUCGGUUUGCCAUUAUUGUAGCACACUAUUUAUUAUAUUUAUUAAAAGCACUAUAUUUUUUAUACCGAGGUAGCAUUUUGGCACUUUUUAUACGUACAGAUAUAAUAACUAGGCUUUGAACACAAAUGCAAACAUCCCUGCACUGGGAUUGCUAAGUAAACAAACAUGCGCACACAAAGAGCAGCACACUGUUAUUCAAGCACAUGAUGUCAUUCUUUAAGCUCUUGUUUCAUGCAUGCUGACAUCAGCAUAUGCUUGAUGAUGUCACAGUUUACCAGAAGAGCCACGUCAUCAGUCUGCUGGGAAACUCAGUUCAUGGUCAAUGUUUACCAUACUGCUGUAAGACCAGCAGUGACAUGCUUUAUAUUUUCCUAUACAAUAUAAAUGAUGCAUUUCGAAUAUCAUGUAAACAGUUUUGUAUUUUGUGAAUUUAAUAUUUUUGUGAUGUUUUUAAAAAAAAAUUA